UUGAUAGACUUUGGCUUUGAAAUUCUUAAAAUUAUUCCAGGCAAUAUAUCGGUAGAAGUGGACGCAAUCCUUUCUUUUAAAACUGAGGCAACGGUCGCUAAAGCUAAGCAUCUAAUUGCUCUUUGUGAAGAAGUUGGUGUUGAUAAGUCACGCGUCAUGAUUAAGAUUGCUUCAACCUGGGAAGGAAUUCAAGCUGCUAAAAUACUUGAAAAUGAAGGAAUUCAAUGUAAUAUGACCCAUAUUUUCUCUUUUACUCAGGCUAUUGCUUGUGCCGAAGCUGGUGUAACUCUAAUAUCUCCAUAUAUUAGCCGUUGGUAUAUGAAGAAUACUAACAAGACUUAUAAAUCAAACGAAAAUCCUGGUGUUUUAUUUGUAUCAGAAGUUUAUAAAUAUUACAAAAAAUUUGGUUACAAGACCAUCGUAAUGGGUGCGAGCUUCCUUAAUACGGGUGAAAUUGAAGAAUUAUCAGGAUUCAAAGUCAAUUACGACAAAAAUUCUUUUAAAUGGGAUCUUAAUAGAAAUCCUAUGGCCACUGGAAAAUUGGAUGAAGGUAUUAAGUCAUUUGCUGAAGACAAUAAAACUUUACAUUUAAUUUUAAAGCAACAUUUGACUAAUGAAGAUCCGAAAAUUUUUAAAAAAAUUUCUGAAAAUUUCCGACUUUUUGUUUUAUAA